ACAGUGUUUGAAUUCAAGCCAUGUGGAAACACAGAUCUCACAUAGUUUUCUGGCUCUCAUAGGACGUGGACCUUACGCAAAACUCUUGGAUUUUGAUCAUAGAGUAACCAGGAAAUGUCUGGAGUGAUCUCCUCUUUCCUGGCAGGGCUGUGCUUCCUAUUGCUCAGACCCACUUGUUGCAGCGCCAGCAGGAUUCUGGUAGUGCCGGUUGAUGGCAGCCACUGGAUAAACAUGGAGUUGAUCCUCCGAGAGCUGCACUCCAGAGGCCACGACAUCACCGUGCUGCGCUCGGCCAAAAGCUGGUACAUUCCUAACAACUCGUCGAUUUAUACCUCUAUUAAUGUGACCAUGCUGGAGGAUGAGUCGGACAGGAACUUCUACAAUCAAAUGCUACAAGAUGUCAUGGAAUGCCGCCGGUCGGCACAUUUCAUAAGCACCUUCUGUCAACAGCACUUGCUCACAUCGAUGUUGGGAAAGGGCCAUGAGAUCCUUGCUAAAUCAGCUGCUGCAAUGCUAGAUGACCCCAUUUUCAUGAAGAAGCUGCAUGAUGCAAAGUAUGACUUAAUGUUAACCGAUCCUGCUUUGACUUUAGGGGUCAUUUUAGGUACCUACCUAAAGCUGCCGAUGGUUUUCAAUGUGCGCUGGAUUAAUAGUGGAGAGGGCCAUUUCACUAUAGCUCCCUCUCCUGUCUCCUAUGUCCCUGUGCCAGGAAGCGAACUCCAUGAUCGGAUGGAUUUUCUGGAACGAACCAAGAAUAUGUUACAUUAUUUUUAUAUAUUUUUUGCACAACAAGUUUAUAUUAACCCUCCCUACACCGAUCUGCUCCAGCGGCAUUUCCCUCCUGGUACUGACCUGCUGUCGUUGGAGCGGGCAGCUGAUAUCUGGCUGGUGAGGACCGAUUUUGUCUUUGAGUUCCCUCGACCCACGAUGCCCAACGUGGUGUACAUAGGGGGGUUCCAGUGCAAACCAUCCAGUCCCCUUCCCGUUGAGCUGGAGGCCUUCAUGCAGAGCUCUGGGGAGCAUGGGGUGGUGGUCAUGUCUCUGGGCACAUUUGUGUCGGCCAUUAAUCGUCAGGCCACAGAGGCCAUCGCUGCUGCUUUUGCUCAACUCCCUCAGAAGGUGGUGUGGAGGUUUGUGGGUGAAAAACCUUUAUCCCUGGGAAACAACACGCUACUGGUGGACUGGUUGCCUCAGAGAGACCUCCUGGGACACCCUAAGACUCGCGCAUUCGUAGCCCACGGAGGCACCAACGGCAUGUAUGAGGCCAUUUACCACGGCGUUCCCGUUCUGGGCCUGCCCCUGCUCUUUGACCAGUUCGACAACCUGCUGCGGCUGAAGGUACGUGGGGCAGCUCGGGUGGUGGAGGUAAAAUCAAUCACCAAAGAAGACUUCCUGGAGGCUCUAAGGGACAUCCUGGAGACUCCCUCGUACCGUGACAACAUACAGCGUCUCUCACAGCUCCACCGCAACCAGCCAAUGUCUCCCAUGGACACUGCCAUCUUUUGGAUUGAGUAUGUCAUCCGCAACAAAGGAGCUGCCCACCUGCAGCCAGCAGGUUUUAGUCUUCCUUGGUAUUCCUACUUCUGCCUGGAUGUGGCGGUUCUAUUUGCGGCCCUUAUUGGAGUCUUUGUCUGGGCUUCAGUCGUAGUCUGUAAGAUCCUCUGCUGCCGAAAGUGCCGCAGGAAGGUGAAAGCAGAGUAACUGUUUACGAUUAAGUCCUGCUUAAAGACCACGCCCUGUUUCUUUGGGGAAUGAACUCUCAAGCAUCUUCAAGAAAAUGGAAAUCAGCACCUGAUUCUCUUUUACAAUUUUGAAACAUUUAUUUCUCAUAUUGUAAACAUUGAAAUUGAAUAAUAAUAAUCAUUGUUUUUUAAUGUAAAUGAUUUCAACAGAGAUUUGAAAUAAAUAGUCCUGGCUUGCGUCAAGUAGAUUCAUCACUCUUUGGAAAUGUUUUUAAAUUAUGAAUAUAAAUUAGUCUUUAUCAUUUAUAAUAGCAUGCUUUUCCUAAAACUUUCUAAGAUCAAAACAACUGAGAUUUGAAAAGUCCAUAACUUUUCACCACAAUGUGUUCAGAAAUCAGAAUUGCCUGAAUGGUAAUUUACAACAAGAUGAAGUUAUGCGAAGGACUUUUUUAGUUACACAAGUAUUCCAACGUAUCCUUCAAAGUGGUUUAUCAGAGAUCUUAAACACAGAAUUUGUGCCAUCUGUUGUCUUGCAGCCAGAUCAUCAGUGAAUGUCCUCACUUCAUUUAUUGCACAAAUGCUUUGCAUGAAGAGGAACCUUCUGAGGGCUCACCUCAUACACUCUGUGCCCCAUAAUCUUCAAGAAAAUUAUGCAACACCAUAUCAUGCUUUUUCUAUUCGAUUUCCUGCAUGGUUCUGCCGAAAAGAAUAUGAGUAAUUUAGGUAAGAUGUCCAACCAUGCACAUUGAAAGUUGCAUGCUAGCAAAAACAGUAUGUGCAAACAUACCAACAGGAUGUAUACAUGAUUAUGUCUCUGAUCUUUCUGUCUUCGUUUCCUUAAGGUAAAAAAAGUAUGUAUGAGGGUAACUUUCAUACACUGUACAAAUUCUACACUGAAUCUUGAAACAGAUUGCAAACACACAUGGAUAACUUCAAUGCACAUAACAAACAAAACAUAGGAUUGCGGUGUACACAAUUGUUUUCUUAUCAGCUAAUUUUUUACUAAGCAGUAAGGGGAAACAAAUAUUGUAGCUGAGAUAAAGUUCCUUCAACACAAUUUUGGCCUUAACAAGCUUUUUUGGAAUGUAUUUCCAUCUGCACAGAUUAGAAAAUUAAAAGGCAAAGAUUUGCUCUGCACUAACCGCAUGCCUAUAAUUAAAAAUAAUAAUAAUAAUAACAAUUAAAGCUUUGACCUUGUUCCUUUCAAUAGCCAAGUCGGCUUCUUUUUUAUGUACACCUCCUGGUUCCAUGGCCAGAAGGAAUAAAAACCAGACGAUAUCUGUUCCUCUAUGUCCAAUUCUAUGUAAAACUAGUAGCUUGGCAGGCAGGGAGUUUAUGAGUUAAAAUCUUAUUUUAUAAUUUGGACAUGUUUGACAUUUCUAAAGGAAAGUAAGUGAGUGAUUACACCCUCCUCCCUUUGAAACCAUGUGGUAAAAAUACUGCCGAACACCCAUUGUCUCAACAAACCUAUUCUUCCCCAAAACAAUUUCAAUUGUGUACGUUUUUUUCCCACUGGCGCACAGUCAAAGUUCACUCUGGGUAAAUUGCACUGAUUUACUGCCUGGUGGAUGAAUAAAAUAAUAUAUUUUCAUGCAUUGUAUACAUUAUUAUUCAUACAUUUUUACAUUUUUACAUGAAAACACUUUCUCUGUGUCGAAAGGCAUGGUUAAAAGAGCAUAGUAAAAGUGGUAACUUGUUUAAUGGCAUGUAGCCAGUGGUCGACAAUAUAAAGGGUAUUAGUGGACACUACAUCAGUUCCCUCCCCCAUAGCUCCUGCCCACCUAAAUCAUCCUGUCUGCUACUGCUAGUAGGAGAGCUGGAGACUGAGAAAAAGAGAGAGUAUGUUUUUGUUCUGAUGCAGAAAGGCUCCUGCCCCAGGAUGUUGCCUUUAAAGCUGAAGUAGUGGGUUUCCUGUGGAGGAAACGAUCACAGAACAGACAAGCCUUGGUCAAGACACCGUGUUCCCAACAUUUCUUGAGCACAGGUCACCGAGCUGCAGAGCGGGAAGCACACUUCUGUGGGAUAAAGUCAGUCUUACAGCUUCGAGUGGUGGUUGUUUCCCCUGAUGGAUCCUGGAUGCUUUGGAGAUUGGUUGACUGACACACAGCACAACUAUGAGCCUGACCUAUUGCACAGGAAAAUAUAUUUAUAAAUUACAUGAAAUGGAAUAAUGACAACUGGAUGCAUCAAACAGAUACAUCAAACUAAUCAUAGUCUUGCUUUGAGUGAAUGAAUGGGUAUUUCUAAGACAACUCAUCAUCCUGCAACUGUCAAUUCAUGUCCAAGGGAGGUCACCUGUAGUUUCUCAUAUCCGGGGCCUUUAU